AUGGCUUUAAGUGUACAAAAUAAGAAUUUUUUAUCGCUUUUGUCGGCGAUAGAUAUUGAUUUAAAUCAAUUUCCGGACAAAAGUUUUGAUGGCUUAUUUGAAAAUGUUCCCGAGGACAUUAGUUUUUUUUUCGAUUGGAUAAUAGAUAAUAUAACCUCUGAAAAUGCUCUUACCAAAGUAGAAGAAAUGCAUUAUUUUGAACUUGAAAAAAAUAAUAUGGUACCAAGUUUAACAGAAGUGGAUUUUGUUCUUUCUACUAACAAAAUUUCUUUUGAUGAACUACAAACAUUAGAUGCAGAUUACAUUAGUAAUUUAAUGGUGGAAGAUUUGGAGGAUUUAAAAGAAACCAACAGAAGUUUAAAUGAUGUUUUACAAAAUAUCGCGCAAGUUCAAACUGAGGUGAACAAAAUAUUUAAUAAAACUGCUGAAAAAAAUAAUUUUUGGAAAAAUGAACUCAAUAUAAUCAAGGAAAAAUGCUAUGAAACAAAUGAAUUGUUUGAUGCGGCUGUUGAAAAUCUCAAUGAGUUAUUAUUAAAGGAACCGAAUAUUUUAAUACAAGGAACUAAUUAUCAGUCCUUACUUGAAAAAGAAAAUGGAAUUUUUUGUAAUAUUGAUAAUUACAAUUUACCACAUAAUGAAAAUUUUCAUCGAAAAAAUCAAAUUCAAUUUUUAAACAAAAUGGAAGAAAAUUUAAAAAUUAGCGAAACUUUAUUGGCUUUAUCCAAAGGUAUAAAAAAUUAUAAAGAUUUACAAAAGGAGUCAGUUUCAUUUAUCGAUGAAUAUAAAACACAUUGUAUCAAUAAUGUUAGAAAUUUCGAAUUAAAAGAGCAGAAAUUUAAUGAAACUUUAAAAGAAAAUGGUCAUUCGUUUUUAAAUGAAAUUAAUGAUUUGUUAAUCGAUCUUUUCAUGGUAUUUCAAAAAUGUGUUGAAAAAAAUGAUGAAUUAUCUAGAAAGAUUAAACGACUUCUCAAUAAAUAUUUAGAAGCCAAAACUUUGGUUAGAAAAAGUGAUAGAAAAAAUGCACUUUUAUGGAUUGAUUUUGUAACAAAUUCAGGAAGUUUACAAGAAAUAAUGAAAAAAUAUUCUCGCAUCAGCUCCAGAUGA